AUGAACCUCAGCAGCUGCAGUAUCACAGCCUAUGAAAGCUUUCCACUUGUCCAUCUGUGUGUUUACAUCCCGGUUUUGCUUUUGGGGAUUUUGCUGAACGCGUUGGCAUUGUGGGUGUUCUGGUGCACACUCGACAAAUGGACAGAAACCAGAGUAUACAUGGUUAACUUGGCUGUGGCUGACUGCUUGCUGCUCUUUACUUUGCCUUUUAAAACUUUAUUCCAGUUCCAUCAGCUGAAGGUAGGUAGAUGGUGCCUGGCUCUGGAAGGUGGCUAUUUCAUAAACCGCCUAAUGAGCAUCGGUAUCAUCACUGUUGUAGCAGCUGACAGGUACCUUGCAAUCAGGUACCCUUUGAAAGCCAAGGUGCUGAGGUUGCCACUGAAGGUGGCUUUUGCCUCUGGAUUUCUUUGGAUAGUCAUCGUCUGUGUGAUGUCCCCCAUUAAAAAGUUAGAGGACCGAGAAGAAGACGAACUUUGCUUUGAAAAAUCUUCCGUUAAGCCCUCAGUGAUCACAUUGUGUGCUAUUAUCGUAGGGUUUUUCAUACCAUUGACCAUCUUGAGUUAUUGCUCCAUACAAGUCAUUGCAGAACUCAUGAGAAAGAAGAACGAAAACUGUCACAAGGAAAAGGUAAUCAGGAAGGCUGUCUACAUUGUGUCUGCAAACAUGGCUGUGUUCAUCGUAUGCUUUUUACCCCUUUACCUUGGGCACCUCCUUCGCUUUAUAAUGGACUCCAUCAGCUACAAUUGCUCUGCAAUACAGAGGGUUAAUAAUUUUGUUCACGUUGCCUCAGUCCUCACAAACACAAACUGCUGCCUGGAUGCUAUUUUUUACUACUUCGUCAACAAGGAAUUUAAGGAAGCAUCUCCCAAGCUAGCAAAGUCCAAAUCUGAAGCCAGUGAGAAGCUGAAAUUUAGCUCCCAUGCAUAA